AUGUGAAGGGAUUGUGCGUCAGGGAUCCGGCCUCACUGGAAUAAACUAUGGAGCUCGAGCCCUUCUCCCGGCAGAGGAGCGAGAAGCUGCUUUAAGGUCUCCACUAUGAGGAGGAGCGCCUGCUGGACCCCGGAGCGCAGCCGUGCGGUUUAUGGAUUAUUGUUAUAAGGAACUCCAGGUGCUCCUCUGCCAGUCAGUCAGGCGGCUGGUUAAAGUUCACACAAGUUUAGUUUUUCCCUUUUCUGUGUCAGGACGGUGUGUUAGCAGCUCAUGAUGCCGGAGCUGAUCACUGUGACAGAGUUUAUCGCGGAGACCAAUGAGGACUACAAAGCUCCCACCACCUCCAGCUUCACCACUCGGAUGUCCCACUGCAGGAAUGCUGUGGCCGCCCUGGAAGAGGCUCUGGAUCUGGACAGAGCCGUCCUCCACAAGAUCAAGAAGUCAGUGAAGGCCAUCAGCACCUCUGGUCUGGCUCACGUGGAGAACCAGGAGCAGUACAUCCAGUCCUUGGAGAAGUGGGGAAACCUUGCGAACAGGGAGGACGCCGACGUCGGCUCGGCCUUCACCAACUUCUCCGUCUUCACCAAGGAGCUGACGGCGCUCUUCAAGAACAUGCUCCAGAACAUGAACAACAUCAUCACCUUCCCGCUGGACAGUCUGCUGAAGGGAGACCUGAAGGGAGUCAAAGGGGAUCUGAAGAAACCCUUCGACAAAGCCUGGAAGGAUUAUGAGACCAAACUAGCGAAGAUCGAGAAGGAGAAGAAGGAGCACGCCAAGCAGCACGGCAUGAUCCGCACCGAGUUCAGCGGAGGGGAGAUCGCCGAGGAGAUGGAGAAGGAGAGGAGGCUCUUCCAGCUGCAGAUGUGCGAGUAUCUUCUGAAAGUCAACGAGAUCAAAGUCAAGAAGGGAGUCGACUUCCUGCAGAACCUCAUCAAGUUCUUCCACGCUCAGUGCAAUUUUUUCCAGGACGGACUGAAGGCCGUCGAGAAUCUGAAGCCGGCCGUCGAGAAACUGGCCACAGACCUGAGCACAAUCAAACAGACUCAGGAUGGAGAGAGGAAGCAGCUGACUCAGCUGCGGGACGUCCUGAAGGCUUCGCUGCAGUCGGAGCAGAAAGAGGACACCCAGGCCAAGCAGAACGCCGGCUACAGCCUCCACCAGCUGCAGGGCAACAAGGCCCACGGCACCGAGCGCUCCGGGAUGCUCUACAAGAAAAGUGAGGGGCUGAGGAAGGUGUGGCAGAAGAGGAAGUGCUCGGUGAAGAACGGCUUCCUGACCAUCAGCCACGGAACGGCUAACCGGCCUCCAGCCAAGCUCAACCUGCUCACCUGCCAGGUGAAGAGAAACCCCGACGAGAAAAAGAGCUUUGAUCUGUUCUCACACGACAGAACAUAUCACUUCCAAGCCGAGGACGAAGCUGAGUGUCAGAUCUGGAUCUCGGUGCUGCAGAACAGUAAGGAGGAGGCGCUGAACAAGGCCUUCAAAGGCGACCAGGACGAGGGCGAGAACAACAUCGUGCAGGAGCUGACCAAGGCCAUCGUGGCCGAGGUGAAGAGGAUGAGCGGCAACGACGUCUGCUGCGACUGCGGAGCGCCCGGUCCCACCUGGCUGUCCACCAACCUCGGGGUCCUGAUCUGCAUCGAGUGCUCAGGGAUCCACCGGGAGAUGGGCGUGCACUACUCCCGCAUCCAGAGUCUGGACCUGGACGUCCUGGGAACCUCCGAGCUGCUGCUGGCCAAGAACGUGGGAAACGCCAACUUCAACGAGAUCAUGGAGGCGGAUCUGUCGGGACACGGAGCGACCAAACCGAACCCGUCCAGCGACAUGCAGACCAGGAAGGACUACAUCACGGCCAAGUACACGGAGAAGCGCUUCGCCGAGCGGCGGUGCAGCGACGCGGCGUCCCGGCUGCAGGUCCUGUACGAGGCCGUCAGGACCAGAGACAUCCUGUCACUCAUCCAGGUGUACGCCGAGGGGGUGGAGCUCACCGAGGCCAUCCCGCAACCCAACGAACACGAGCCCGGGGAGACGGCGCUCCACCUGGCCGUCCGCAUGGUCGACCGAAACUCGCUGCACAUCGUCGACUUCCUGGCCCAGAACAGUGGGAACCUGGACAAGCAGACGGCCAGAGGCAGCACAGCGCUGCACUACUGCUGCCUGACGGACAACAGCGAGUGUCUGAAGCUGCUGCUCAGAGGAAAGGCCUCCGUCGCCACCACCAACGAGGCAGGAGAGACGGCGCUGGACAUCUCCAAGCGGCUCCGCCACUCGCAGUGUGAGGAGCUGCUGACUCAGGCCCAGACCGGGAAGUUUAACGUCCACGUUCAUGUCGAGUACGAGUGGCGGCUCCGAAAUGAGGACCUGGAUGAGAGCGAGGACGAGAUGGAGGACAAGCCCAUCCCCCACCGGCGGGACGAGCGUCCGGUCAGCUGCUUCGUGCCGGGCAGCGGCCCCAUGCAGCCCCACAUGGCCUCGCUGGCCCGGGACGCCGCCUGCCUGGCCCGGGACAAGCAGCGGCCUCAGGUCCCCAGCAUGAUGAUCAGCAACGAGACGUACGGCACCAUGCUGGACCUCGGCCCGCCGCCGCCCGCCAACCCCCCGCUGCCCCCCCGAGUCCCCGCUAAAGGGCCGGGACACUCCAAGCCCGUUGCCAUGGAGACGGUGGGUCGGCAGCGGUCGUCGUCCGACCCGCCGAACCCUCACACCCCGGAGAGGAACAGCUCCAUGUACGUUCUCCCAGCAGCUCCUCCCCCUCCUCCCGUCAGCAGGAGGACCAGCAUGCUGCAGUCCAGGAACACGCCGCUCCCUCCUCUGCCCCCCCCGCCGGGACUGGCCCCGUCCGCCCCCCCGGUCCCGCUGCACCCGUCGGCCCCGCCCAUCCCGCCCACCCCGCCCGCCCCGCCCCUCCCCCCGCUGCCCCCGAUUCCUCCGGUCCCGGCGCAGCACUUUAAACCUUCUCCCGUCCCCCCGCCGGUGCCCAGCCACCAGCCCAGCCGACGACCGCCACCCAAGUCACCCAGCGGGUCACAUGGUAACCCUCCAAAGAGACCGGCUGCCAGGACUGGAUCUAUUGACAGAGCAGGUAAACCUCUGCCGCAGCCCAAAUCACCUCAGACCCCGGCUCCUCCCACACCCAAGCCCCGCAGCAACUUCCCUAAGCCGAAGCCUCAGAGGGUGAAGGCCAUCUACAAGUGUGUGGCAGACAACAAGGACGAGCUGACGUUCAGCGAGGGCGAGGUGAUCGUGGUGGACGGGGAGGAGGACCACGAGUGGUGGGUGGGUCACAUUGAAGGAGACCCCAGCAGACACGGAGUGUUUCCUGUCACGUACGUUCACUUCAUCACAGAGUGACGAGGAACCAGGAUACACACUGCACUGCGACCGCCUGCUGCACACACACACACACACACACACACACACACACUCUCUCACUCUCACACACAC